GCACUGCAGGGCAACUUCAGUACCACCUCUGAAAACGAUAAAUUUAGACGUUUUAGCAGCAGUAGUAAUCUCACAAUGUGGUUGUCUGUAGUAGCACUUGUUCAUGUAUUGCUCCUGAUCUCCAACUCGUGGGUUGAGUCGCAGUCCAUCAUCGACACUCUUCCUGGUUACCCUGGCAAGCUUCCCUUCAAACUCGAAACUGGGUACAUUGGCGUUGGAGAGUUAGACGAGGUGCAGCUGUUUUAUUACUUCAUCGAGUCUGAAAGGAAUCCUAAGGAUGACCCUCUUGUGCUUUGGCUCACCGGUGGUCCUGGUUGUUCCGGUCUCUCGGCCCUUUUAUUUGAAAUUGGUCCUUUUACUUUCGACUAUGCAAACUCUAGUGGGAACAAACCAACGUUGGAAUUGAACCCGGACUCGUGGACAAAAAUUGCAAACAUAAUAUUUUUGGAUGCACCGGUCGGUACUGGAUUCUCAUAUGCAACAACUUGGGAAGCAUACAACAGCAACGAUACAUCGUCAACAACACAAACCUAUGAAUUUCUAAGAAAGUGGCUCAUGGCUCAUUCCACAUUUCUCGUCAAUCCGCUCUAUAUUGCCGGCGAUUCUUAUUCUGGAAAACUUGUCCCGAUCAUCGCUCAAGAAGUUUCAAACGGUAAUGAGAUUGGACAUUCGCCACCAUUGAAUCUCAAAGGUUUUGUGAUUGGUAACCCACUAACACAUGAGAUUUGGGACCCUAAUGCAAGAGUAAAAUUCGCUCAUCGAACAGCACUUAUAUCCGAUAGACUUUAUCAGUCAACUAAAAGAAACUGCCAAGGAAGCUAUAUAAAUCCGGAUCCAAACAAUACACAAUGCGUAGAAGAUCUUCGAGAGGUCAAUGAGCCUCCAAAGCUGAAUAAACUCUGGAGUUUGAGCCCUCAUGUCGAUGAUAAUUUCAUAGAUAUACUCCAUUCAACACCAGAUCAAGUUCCUGGACCAUGGUGUCGGAACUAUAACUAUCUGUACUCUUAUGUUUGGGCGAAUGAUAAAAUAGUGCAAAAGACUCUCCACGUUCGAGAGGUAUUUAAUUAG